UUGCAGCAACACCAUUUCUCGCAGCAGUUGUUGAAAACUUGUUUACUUGCUUGUGCUGUGGGAAAUUCUAUGUUCCACCCAAGUGUCCACAGUAUUAGAGAUAAAUCAGUUCAAGAUAACCUUAAUGAUCUUGAUGUCCUGUAAGUCAACACCUGAAAAAUGCUGAAAAAAGCUCACAAUGACUAUAAAAGGUGCAAUGUCUAACUGUUUAAAAAUUCCGUGAGAUUACUUGUAAAUAAAUAUAUGUUUAUUUUCUUGAGAUAAAAAAGUUUCAUUAAGAGUAUUUUUAUUUUCUCAUUUCUAUCAUUUGCACAUUGUUCUGUCAUUAUUUAAGAGUUUGCUUUUGACAUAAAAUCUACUAAAACAAGGUCCAGUUAACUAAGUUGAUUUUAUGUAUUCAUUGAUCCCAUACCAUUUAAGCAACGCAGUUUGCAUGCUUACUAUGUUUUACAAAAAGACAGUAUCAACUCAGAACAUCAGUUCUACCUCGUCACAUGAGAAGCAUAAGCAUGCUAGCUAGUUAACUGCAUGAGAGCUUUCUUGUUGAUCACCACGGUGUUAAGACUGUUUUGCUAUUCUCACUGAAUAAUGAAUUAACGCAUCGCCAAACGACCAGUAAAAUACUCCGCCGUCCUUUGGGACGCAACAAUGCACUGCGGGCUCCCCUGAUAAAUAGAAUACACCACGUGGCUUUGAUUUCACUGUGUCACAGCGCCGACCGCCGAGACGACUUAUCGAGGUUCGCUUGUAUCGGUUUGUCAACCAACACCAGCCCGCCUUCGUUUCCUUGUACUUUCCGCUAGCGUCAAACCGUCUUUUCUUCGACUACAUGGCGGAACCAGCCGGAGAAUUACCGCCCUUACCUCCGGUGGCGGCAGAACCGCCUGCUAACCCAGAACAUCCCGCAGAACCUCCUGCAGGACCUCUCGCAGAAGCUCUCGCAGAACCGGCGGCGCAACCCGCGGCUGCUAAUCAGGUAAUUUCUAGUUCUGGUGCUUUUCGUUCGCUUUUAGCUUUAGCUGCCGUUUGUGCGCAUUUCGUGUUUUUUCUCCAACGUUUCUAGUACUUUGUUUAGCAUAUUUAAUGUUCCACGUGUCUCUAGGGCAUAUUUUUGUUUUUCUCUUCACUUUUGUUAGCGUUGUUCGUAUAUGUAUUUCAUUUUACUCGGUCCUUUUGUUUCGGCUUGUUUGUGUCUCAUUUGGCUCCGGGAGCCGAUUUUUUGUUUGGGACGAAAUAUUUUUGUUUUGUAUGUUCGGUUUUGUCCAAGACACGAGUUAUUGCGUUUGCUGUCCGGGACCGCUCGGCUCUGGGGUCGGCUUUCAUUUCGGAACGAAUUGCUUUAUAUACGGUCCGGGACCGUUCGGCUCCGGGAGCCGGGUUUUUGUUUAAACCAAGUAUUUGGUGUAUGCGGUCCGGGACCCUUUAGCUCCGGAAGCCGGGUUUUGUUCAAAACCAAGUAUUUAGUGUAUGCGGUCCGGGACCGCUCGGCUCUGGAGCCGGCUUUCUUUUCGGAACGAAUUGUUUUAUAUACGGUCCGGGACUGUUCGGCUCCGGGAGCCGGGUUUUGUUUAAAACCACGUAUUUAGUGUAUGCGGUCCGGGAACGUUUGGCUCUGGGAGCCUGUUCUUUAUUUAGAAAGAAUUUUUGUUGGUCGGCUCAGGGAGCCGGUUCUUUUCUUUGUUUGGAGUGAGAUAUUAUCGUGUAUGCGGUCCGGACCGCCCGCCCGGGAGCCGUUUUGUUUGGGGUGACAUGUUUAUUGUGUUUGCGGGCUAGGUCCGCUCGGCUCCGGGCGCCUGUAUUGGUCAUAUAUGCGGUCCGGGACCGUUUUGCUCUGGCAGCCGGUUUUAUUUGCCAAUGAUUAUUGUUAUACGGCCUAACCGUCCAUUUUGGAUCUAGCAUAUCCUCGUUUCGGGAUCUUUCGGUUCUGCCUUGGGACCGAAAUUAAUAACAUAUAAAUGUUUUACAGACGUUAAUAUAUACUUCAUAUUUUGCGUCACUCUUAGGCGGACGAUCGAAUUAAGCUUCUUGAAGACAAAUUGAAAGCUUUGGAGGAGAAGCAGGGUGUUGACGUGGUCACCACUGCUCUUACCUCUGUUCGCAACGCUCUUCAGAAGCCGGAAGCUGUUUAUGACCCUUGGGAGGCUUCUGCUCACGUCGAGGCCCUGGUACGGGCAGCCAGGUCGUCCGCCCACGAAAAGGCAGACUAUUACGCGGCCAUUUUGGAUGAAUUAAAAGGAAGAUCUAAUGCCCUCUCCCCCUCUGCCCAUAAACGGCUGCUCAUGGGCCUCUUAGGCGAUCCGGUUAGAGCCAAGGUUGCAAAGGAGUCCUCUGCGCUUCGCAAGACUAUCCAGCGUGAAGAGCCUGGGUUUCAAGGUCGUAAUAGUACUCGCCAGUUUAGGCGCCAACGCCCUUAUGUCUACAGUUCGGUUAAUUGUUACAGAUGUGGUCUACCAGGGCAUUUCGCCAGAGAUUGUGGCCGCGGAAAUUCUAGGCGUUAGCAUCAUGUAAAUAUUGUAAGGGUAUGGGAUAUGUUUUUUCCUAUAUUAUCCUUGUUUAUUGGCUGGAAUAAAGAUUUUUUCCCCUAGUUAUUAGCGUCCUAGUUUUUUUUUUUUUUUUUUUUUUUUUUUCCCCUGGUUUUCGCCUCAUUUCUUCGUUGACCCUGGGGGGCCUUCUCAGCGCCUUUAUUCUGGUCUAUGAUCAGAGCUGGGGUCAGCGAAGGAUAGGGGAUCCCACCUUCUUUUCUUCCUCUUCUUAUUUUUGUAUUUUUCGUUCUCCGUUUUCCCAGGAUUUCGCGGUUGCACUACGGGCAAUCCUUGCGCUCCCGAGCCGUGGCGUCAAAUGGUGUGACAUAAACGGGGAACCCUUAUCCUUCGUUGACCCCACCGUGCCGGGCGGAGCUUGUUAGUAAAGAUCCAUCCCUUGCAGACCUGGCCCAAUUGCGUUUUAGACACCCAGAUUAUUUCCAAGCGGGCAGCUUACAUAAUCAUGUUGACUUCUGGGAGGAUCUCUUUUCUUCAGCCGGUUACACUUGUCCUCAAGUUGAUUUGCUACAGAUAAUCCGAGAGGGAGUGAGGGUCGAUAGUUUCUUCCGUCAUUUCAAGGGCAACUUCAAAGGGAAAAGUUAUGAUUCCGCUGUACCGCCGAUUUCUAUUUUCCCGAACUCUCCUUGUUGCCAUCAAUUUACCGAUUUCAUUGACACUACAGUCUUAGCCUGGGUCUCUCAGGGUGUUAUCAAAGUCUCACGGCAAGAUUGGCGAAUGCUCUCCUCCUCAUUUAGUCCUCCCUUGACAGUCGAACCAUCUAAGCCGCGUUUAUGCCACGACGGCGCUUUCUUAAUUUAUGGAUUCAAGAUCUCCCUUUCAAGUUAGACCACCUCCCAGACCUGCCUCGUUAUGUCCUCCCAGGGCAUUUCCAGACAACAUUUGAUGAUAAGAAUGGAUACCAACACCUCAAGAUUCACCCGGACUCCCAGGAAUUCUUCAGUUUUUCCUGGAGGGGCUUUUAUUUUUCUUUCUGCACCUUACCUUUCGGGUGGAAAGCAAGUGCCUUUUUAUAUCAUAACGUUGGCCUUGUCGUCACCAGUGCUGCGCGGUCUUUGGGCGUACCUGUUUCGCAGUAUAUUGAUGACAGGCAUGUGGGCCAGUUAUUCCUAUCCGGUCCACUGGUUUGCCAGCCUAGUCGCCAACUCGCACGAGCAGCAGCCUUUUAUUUUGUUAUUCCUUUUGAUCUCAGCGGGGUAUUUUGUUAACCUUGCAAAGAGCUCUCCACAGCCAUCCACUUUUGUUAAAUUCCUGGGUUUCAUCUCCGAUUCUGUCUUGCAAGCUUUUUUAGUCCCACUGGAUAAAAGGAGAAAUUUAAAGCGUUAUGUGACAAACUCCUGGAAUCAUCUUUUGCGCCCGUAAAGAGCUUGCAGCGUUUCCGCGGGAAAGGCGCUAUCGUUUAGUCUCGCAAUCCCGGCUUGUAAGCUGUAUGUGGGGGAGGUAUUCAAGGCUAUCAGCGCUGUUGCCAAGAAUUGAAGCUCUGGUUCCAAUCCUAGGACCUUUGCGACAGGAACUUCAGGAAUGGAUUUUCUUGGACAAUUGGUCUGGUCACUUACCUUGGCGGUCGGAACAUCAUCUCUCUGUCACAAUGUUCAGUGACGCCUCCCAGAGGGCCUGGGGAGCAGUCUUGGUUAAAGAUGGCCUACGCCAGCAAAUACGAGAUUAUUGGAUCGACCUUGAAGGUGAUAUCAAUACCCUUGAGGCCAGGGCUUUAUGUAACGCUUUGAGCUCCUUUUUCCCUUCUAUCAGAAACGCAAGAAUCGAUGUGUGGACGGACAACGCGACUCUCCGAGCAGCCUGGGAAAAUGGCGGUUGUAGGAGUUCUCUGGUGAAUCAGGAGUUGAAAAAAAUAGAAGAAAUGUCUCGAGCAGGAAACUUUGUUUUGCAUUUGAAAUAUGUCCCAUCGAGUGAAAACAUUGCUGACGCGCCCUCCCGUGCUCUGACUGACAUUGAUUGUUCCUUGUCCGAGGAGGUGGGCCCCAAGUUCAAGCGGGUUUGGACCACACACAUUUGACUUGAUGUCUUUGGACAGCAACUGUCGCAGAGGAAGGGAUGGGAGCUUUUUGCCUCAUUACUCGCCUUGGCCGACUCCGUAUUCUCUGGGCGUUAAUGUUUUCGCACAACCGAUACCAAUCGAACAUAAAGUCUAUGUCUUUCCCCCUUUCGUUCUCGUGGGACCGUUGCUGCGGUACUUUUUUGAUCAACGCCAGCGUUUCGCUUUUACCAUCGUUGUCCCUCGUUUCCGCCCGCAUGGCUAUUGGUGGGCAAUACUCCAAGCAAUGGCAGUAGAUUCUUUUCUUCUUGGGCGGAAAGGUGACCCAGCCGUGUUGCUUUUCCCUUCCCGCACCUCCCCCGAUUUCAUUGCUAGGCCCUUGCCUUGGGAUCUGUGGGUUUUUCGUUGUGUCUGCUCCUGGUAAGCUAGGUAUUUAUGCUUGUCUCUAUAGAUCGAACGCCCAUGGAAGCCUGCCUGCCGAUGUCCCGCCUGCCUGCCGAUGUCCCGCCUGCUCUUAUCCAAACGACAGUGACGCGAACUUUUACCAGGCCUGCGGUAAACCCCUGUCGCGUGAGCCACCGCAAGGGACCCGUCCACAUGCGGACAUGCCUUUGAUCAACAAGCGCUUUACAGAGUUCCAAGCAUCGUAUAGGAGCAAACCUUAUGAACGGCAAAAGGACUCUUUAGAAGUUCAGCUGUCGAGUUUCUUGUGCUCUCUUGUACCCCGAAGAAAGUUUCUGCUGCAACCGCGAAGACAUCGUAAAGUUUUUGAUUAGCAAGGAUGCUGCGGAAAACAGAAACUCCAUGUGCGCUCUUGCUCUAGUAAGACCUGUAGUUGCCCUAAGCGUCUAGCGGCGGAACUGUCGAUUCAUAUAUAGGGAAACUUAGAGCGAUUUUCAAUAGGUUAGGCCGUACAGGGUUUUCUAACCCGUUGGUACAUCCUUGUGUUAAGGAAUAUCUUAAGUUUGUAAGAGAGGAGCAAGCCCAGCAACCUUUGCCCCCUCGUCAGGCUGUCCCUUUGUUCUAUGACAAAUUCACCCGUUUAAUUGCCUAUCUUCGCGGGCUUAUUGCCGAAGGCUUUGCGCUUUCUCCUCUCAAUAGAUACCUCCUGGUCAGGGAUAUAACAUUCUUUGUUAUUGACUUUUACACUGGUGAUAGAGCAUCGGAUUUGGGCCGUUUGAAGGCAGAUCAGCUUUUUCGCCUUAAGGAUAGGGAGGGGUUCCUUCUCAACUUUACGUUUAGUAAAACGAGGCGUGCAGGUCAGUUUCGCCCUUUUGCUCUGUUACGUAUUCCAAAUGUACCUGUCUGCCCGGUUUUUGGUUGAACUAUUAUAUUGCCGCGUGUGGGGCAUUAGGUGUCCCUCUUCAUGGUGAGUACCUCUUUAGGUCUUGGAGCAUAAAAAGUUUGUGUCACAUCGUCCGUUCGGAGGGUCAGCCGUAUCUGCACGGCUCCAAAAGUAUCUUAAGGCUGCCAACAUUAAUGACGGAGAGACCCCUCACAGCUUUUCGUGUAGGAAUUUCAUACACCCUCAAGGGUUUGGGAUGUACUCGGAGCAGAUUGCUCAGUACGUGGGUUGGCGGAGCACAGAAAUGGCUUUGUAUUACACGCGCCGCUCCAGUGCUUCUGCUUCGUUGCAGUUGUUAGAACGGGUUACGCUCAAUCUUACUUCUACGAGCUCUCCGCCCACCCUGCAACUUUCCCACCAAGGAAAUUUGCAGAGAAUUUCGUAUAGUUGAAUUAAUACAUCUUUCAUGACUAAGGGACAUUCAUCCCAGUACUCUCCGGUGGUUAUUAGUUUGUUGUCAGUUAAUAAAUCUUUAUUGAGUCAUGGAGUAUUGGGUGUUGAGUGUUGGGUAUUGAAAUUAUAAGGUCGAUGUGUUUUGGGGGGAGGGUCGGAGACCUAGGUUAUAGCAGGCUGCCUCAGGGAAUGGCAAGGAGCGGAUCUCUCUCCCAUAACUUAGUUUCGCGAUGUGUUAAGUGGUAGACAGUGAGGAUAUAGUACUAUUCUCACUGAAUAAUGAAUUAACGCAUCACCAAACGACCAGUAAAAUACUCCGCCGUCCUUUGGGACGCAUCAAUGCACUGCGGGCUCCCCUGAUAAAUAGAAUACACCACGUGGCUUUGAUUUCACUGUGUCACAGCGCCGACCGCCGAGACGACUUAUCAAGGUUCGCCCCACCCUCCUCCCCUGGUGUUGGUUGACAACUCCUCACAUAUCGUGAUCUAUUCUUGCUGUCUACCUCUUUCCACAACAAUCCGCGGAUCUCUCUCCCAUAACUUAGUUUCGCGAUGUGUUAAGUGGUAGACAGUGAGGAUAUAGUACUAUCCACCACAUUAUUUCCUCUUGCUAAUGCCUUCUACCCAUCAGUACACAUUAGGAAAACUUGGCACAAGCCUGCCUCUUUGUAUUGUUAUAAUCAGCUAACCUCUUUUCACUUUCAGGCAACUCCAUGAAGUCCAGCACAACAGAACCUUCAGCAUGUGCAGUUUAUUCUCACAAAUAAGAGAUGAGAAAGGGCCGCCCAUCAGCAAAACAUUGGCCGAAAUGGACAAGAAAUGUUGGGGCAAGAACCAUGACCAAGAAAAUAUUUCAAAUUUCUUGGCAAAG